UAUGCGAUAAUACUGUAAAGCUUUCAUUCAAUUUUCAAUAAGGUUGUGUUGAAGGAAACAUUGUUAAAACAUGAAUUUGAACUUGUUAAAUAUAAUCGUCUGUGGACUUACCGUUUUAAAAAAAUAAUAAUAUCAGCUAGUGUAUGGACAAUUCUAUAUUAUAGAAGUACACGAGAUACAGCAUGGAGUUAAAACCUUCAGAAAUUUAUUUCUCGCAGGAUUCCAUUAACAAUGUUUUUGGCAAAAGAUGUCGGCAUAGUUACCACCUCAUUGGAGAAAGUUUGGAUGCGAUUUGUGAAAACAGGUGCAAUAUUCAUUCUAUCCCGACGAUAUCUGUCAUGAAAAAGAACGGAAGAUGGAUAACUUCCGACAAUCGCCGAUUGUGGGUCUUUCGACAGCUUGAACGUCUUGGAAAAUGCAAAACUGUACCCGUCCACACCACUGACCACAUACCCGCGGGGAAGAUGACGGCACUUAAUAGCGGCGACUCAGUACGCGUGCGCGGAAAUCCUGGUGGAAGGUGGCAUCUGAAACCCAAACCCAAACCGGUUAUAAACCAACAGUUUACAUCAUACUCACGUCCAUCGAGUGACAUACACACGCCCUUACUGAAUAGAUCAUAUCUUCGUGAGCAUGAAAGGAAUUCGACACCUUGUACAAUUCGACCAUAUCCUCCACCUGCCAUAUAUGGCUACACUACUCCCGUAUCUGAACCGGUUAUAAACCAACAGUAUACAUCAAACUCACAUCCAUCGUGUGACAUACACACGCCCUUACUGAAUAGAUCAUAUCUUCGUGAACAUAAAAUGAAUUCGACACCUUGUACAGUUCGACCAAAGACUACACCUGCCAUAUAUGGCUACACCAGUCCCGUAUCUGAACCGGUUAUAAACCAACAGUAUACAUCAAACUCACGUCCAUCGUGUGACAUACACACGCCCUUACUGAAUAGAUCAUAUCUUCGUGAACAUAAAAGGAAUUCGACACCUUGUACAGUUCGACCAAAGACUACACCUGCCAUAUAUGGCUACACCAGUCCCGUAUCUGAACCGGUUAUAAACCAACAGUAUACAUCAAACUCACGUCCAUCGUGUGACAUACACACGCCCUUACUGAAUAGAUCAUAUCUUCGUGAACAUAAAAGGAAUUCGACACCUUGUACAGUUCGACCAAAGACUACACCUGCCAUAUAUGGCUACACCAGUCCCGUAUCUGAACCGGUUAUAAACCAACAGUAUACAUCAAACUCACGUCCAUCGUGUGACAUACACACGCCCUUACUGAAUAGAUCAUAUCUUCGUGAACAUAAAAGGAAUUCGACACCUUGUACAGUUCGACCAAAGACUACACCUGCCAUAUAUGGCUACACCAGUCCCGUAUCUGAACCGGUUAUAAACCAACAGUAUACAUCAAACUCACGUCCAUCGUGUGACAUACACACGCCCUUACUGAAUAGAUCAUAUCUUCGUGAACAUAAAAGGAAUUCGACACCUUGUACAGUUCGACCAAAGACUACACCUGCCAUAUAUGGCUACACCAGUCCCGUAUCUGAACCGGUUAUAAACCAACAGUAUACAUCAAACUCACGUCCAUCGAGUGACAUACACACGCCUUUACUGAAUAGAUAAUAUCUUUGUGACUAUGAAAGGAAUUCGACACCUUGUACAGUUCCACCAAAGCCUACACCUGCUACAUAUGACUACACUUCUCCCGUAUCUGAGACGGUUAUAAACCAACAGUUUACUUCAUACUCACGUCCAUCGAGUGACAUACACACGCCUUUACUGAAUGGAUCAUAUCUUCGUGAACAUGAAAGGAAUUCGACACCUUGUACAGUUAGACCAAAACCUACACCUGCCAUGUAUAGCCACACUACUCCCGAACCGGUUAUAAACCAACAGUAUACAUCAUACUCACGGCCAUCGAGUGACAUACACACGCCCUUACUGAAUAGAACAUAUCUUCGUGAACAUGAAAGGAAUUCGACACCGCAUACAUAUCACUACCCUACUCCCACAUCUGACUACUCACCACGAAGGGAGAUAAAUGAUGAUAAUACACAGUAUAGGCCUGCUCAAACGGAACAAAAGAAGAUAGAUUGUUGUACGAUUUUAUAAAGUAGGGUAUGUUUGAGAGACUCGAGCAUAUCUGUAAAUGUACAUGUCAUUUCUUGUUCCAAUGUUUAAAAUGUUUCAUACCAAAAAUCCCACUAUCACAAGGUGUAAAUACAUCUUGGUUUACAAGUUUGUACAAACUUUAUCAGAAUGUUCUGAAACAUGUCAUUUGCAAUGUGAAAAUGUAAUUUGGCAUAUAGUAUACCACAUGUAUUUCAAUUGCACAUCCAUUGCUUUUAGUCGCGCAUACAACAUAGAUUUCGUAAAGAAGUAUCGAUAAAAAACAGCAUUUUUGUACUUGAAAUGGUACUUUUAAUAAUGUUUAGUGUGCUUUAUCAUGUUUUGUUUUUUAAUA